GCCGUUAAGCUGCUCAUAAACCCUAGCAAACUAACUGUUUCAAGAGCUGAAAAAAUCGGGGACUGAUUGAGCUGAAUCAUGGCUGUGAACGAUGCUGACCAAUCACAUAAGCCUCACAGGUCUCGUCAGUCUGGUGCAAAGAAGGCUAAGUCAGAUAAGAAGAAGAAGCGUGAAGUUGCCGAUGAUCAUCACAAACAAAAUCCUAAGGCGUUUGCUUUUGCGUCUUCGGCGAAAGCCAAAAGAUUACAAUCCCGUGCCGUCGAAAAAGAGCAGCGUCGUCUUCAUGUUCCAAUUAUUGACCGGGCUUAUGGUGAGCCAGCACCUUAUGUUGUCGUGGUGCAGGGCCCUCCCAAGGUGGGGAAGUCGCUCUUAAUAAAGUCCUUGGCAAAACAUUAUACGAAGCAAAAUUUGCCUGAUGUUCGAGGUCCGAUAACCAUUGUAUCAGGAAAGCAGAGGCGACUGCAGUUUGUGGAAUGCCCGAAUGAUAUCAAUGGCAUGAUAGAUGCCGCAAAAUUUGCAGAUCUAGCAUUGCUUCUCAUAGAUGGGAGCUAUGGUUUUGAAGUGGAAACCUUUGAAUUCCUUAACAUAUUACAAGUUCAUGGGUUCCCCAAAGUCAUGGGUGUUCUGACUCAUCUUGAUAAAUUCAAGGAUGCUAAAAAGUUGAAGAAAACAAAGCAACGUCUUAAACACCGUUUCUGGACUGAAAUAUACGAUGGAGCUAAAUUGUUUUAUUUAUCUGGUCUUAUUCAUGGAAAGUAUUCAAAACGUGAAGUGCACAAUCUUGCUCGCUUUAUUUCUGUUAUGAAGUUUCAUCCUCUGUCUUGGCGAACUUCCCACCCUUAUGUUUUGGUGGAUCGGUUUGAAGAUAUCACUCCUCCUGAAAGAGUUCUAGAAAAUAAGAAAUGCGACAGAAAAGUCACACUUUAUGGUUAUUUGAGAGGGUGCAAUUUGAAAAGGGGAAAUAAGGUGCACAUAGCAGGAGUGGGUGAUCAUAGUUUAGCUGCGAUCACCCUGUUACCUGAUCCUUGUCCUCUACCAUCUGCUGCAAAGAAGAAGGGACUGCGAGAUAGGGAAAAGUUAUUCUAUGCUCCCAUGUCUGGUCUUGGGGAUCUUCUAUAUGACAAAGAUGCUGUGUACAUAAAUAUUAAUGAUCACUUUGUCCAGUUUUCGAAAGCCGAUGAUGAAAACUCAUCCAUGGCAGGCAAAGGAAAGGACAGAGACGUAGGGGAGGUUUUGGUGAGGUCCCUUCAGAAUACCAAAUACUCAAUAAAUGAAAAACUAGAGAACAGCACUAUCAAUCUUUUUAGCCAAAAGUCAUCAGAAGCACUACAUGAUGCACGGGGUAGAAAUGUAGAAAAUAAUGAAAUGGAUAUGGGUGGCUCAGAAUCUGAUCAAGAUGAAGCCGUUCCACCCAGUGCCAUAUCAGACAGUGAAACUAGUGGCUCUGAAGAAGAUAGUGACACGAGAGAUGGUAAUGCUGCCACUGCAGAUCACUUAAAAGAAUGUGUUGAGUUUCAUGGUGGAAGACUUAGGAGAAGAGCAGUAUUUGGGGAUGAUGUUAAUCAAAAUGAUUUGAAGGAUUUAGAUGAAGAGGACGGGGCUGUCAGUGAUGAUGCAGCAUCAUCUGACUCGGAAUUUUCAGAAGAGAACCAAGAUGAUGAUGAUGCAGAUGAAGACAACGUGGGAGAUGUUUCAAAGUGGAAAGAGUUGUUGGCUGAAAGAACCGUCUUACGGCAAACUCCUAGCUUGAUGCAACUUGUGUAUGGGAAGUCUACUGUGAAUUCAACCAAUGUGAAGAAAGAGGAUGACAGUAGUGAGGAUGAAGAAAGUGAAGGCGAAUUUUUUAAGCCUAAAGAGGAAUUCAGAAAGCAAAAAAUGAGAGAGGGAUCAGAUGGUGAAGAUGUCAACACUGAGGACUGUUCCAAGACUGCAAAGUUUGUGGAAGUUAAACGCUGGGAAGACAAAGAUUUUGGGCAAAUUCGUGAUCGUUUUGUUACUGGUGACUGGUCAAAAGCUGCACUUAGAAACCAAGUAUCUGAGGCUACAACUGGAGAUGAAUUUGAUGCUGCCUAUGGUGACUUUGAAGAUUUAGAAGCUGGAGAGAAGUAUGAGAGUCAUCAGACAGAUAGCGAAGUUCCUGAGAUGGUACAAAAGGGAGAGGACUUGGAAGCUGAAGAGCGGAGGCUCAAGAAACUUGCUCUCCGUGCAAAAUUUGAUGCUCAGUAUGAUGGAUCAUCUGAGGAAGAAGCAAGUAAUAAAAAUGAGGCCAAGUUCCAUCGUGGCCAAGCUAAUGAAAGUAGCUAUUUUGACAAGUUGAAGGAGGAAAUUGAGCUUCGGAAGCAGAUGAAUAUAGCUGAACUCAAUGAUCUUGACGAGGCUACCCGAUUAGAGAUAGAAGGCUUUCAAACAGGAAGUUACCUAAGAUUGGAGGUUCAUGAUGUCCCUUAUGAGAUGGUUGAAUACUUUGAUCCUUGCCACCCAAUAUUAGUAGGAGGGAUUGGUCUUGCGGAGGAAAAUGUUGGAUACAUGCAGGCUAGGUUCAAGCGACAUAGAUGGCACAAGAAAGUUCUUAAGACUAGAGAUCCUAUAAUUGUUUCUGUUGGAUGGAGGCGUUACCAGACAACCCCGGUUUAUGCCAUUGAGGAUCGUAAUGGGAGGCAUCGUAUGCUUAAAUACACUCCAGAACAUAUGCAUUGCCUGGCUAUGUUUUGGGGCCCUCUUGCCCCUCCCAACACUGGGAUAGUUGCUGUUCAGAAUUUAUCAAACAAUCAGGAAUCAUUUAGGAUUACGGCAACUGCUGUUGUACUCGAAUUUAAUCAUUCAGCAAGGAUAAUGAAGAAAAUAAAGUUGGUUGGCUACCCUUGUAAGAUAUUCAAGAAGACAGCACUCAUCAAGGAUAUGUUCACUUCGGAUCUUGAAGUAGCUCGGUUUGAAGGUGCGGCUAUUCGAACAGUCAGUGGGAUCAGGGGUCAGGUUAAGAAGGCUGCAAAAGAAGAUAUUCUUAAGCAGUCAAAGAUGAAUGGAGGCCAUCCUAAAGAAGGAAUUGCUCGGUGCACAUUUGAAGACAAGAUUUUGAUGAGUGACAUUGUUUUCUUGCGGGCAUGGACUCAAGUUGAAGUUCCUCAGUUUUUUAAUCCCUUAACAACAGCAUUGCAGCCUCGUCAGCAGACCUGGCAAGGAAUGAAAACAGUUGCUGAAUUGAGAAAGGAUUACAACCUUCCUUUACAUAUAAAUAAAGAUUCACUUUACAAGAAAAUUGAAAGAAAGCCGCGGAAGUUCAAUCCAUUGGUGAUUCCCAAGUCUCUACAGGAAUCACUUCCUUUUGCGUCAAAGCCUAAAGAUAUGCCUAGUCGAAAGCAGCGGUCACUUGCUGAGAGAAGGGCUGUUGUUAGGGAUACGCACGAGCGUAAAGUUCAUGCUCUCGUGCAACAGCUCCAAUUAAUUAGAAAUGAGAAGUUGAAAAAGCGAAAACUUAAGGAGGAGGAGAAGAGGAAAGAACAUGAAGCUGAGAGAGCAAAAGAUGAGCAAUUGCUAAGAAAACGCCAAAGAGAGGAAAGGCGGGAGAGAUAUCGUGAGCAAGAAAAACUGAAGAAAAUCCGGAGAGCAGAGGUCUAAGUUUGACUUAACUAUGUUGCAGAACUGAUUUGUCCUGUGCAGGCAAAAAGAUGUUUGAUGAGGGGGCGCCCUCCAGAAAAGUGAAGUUUUGCGGAAAUUACAGUCCCCUUUGGGGCAUUCAGAAGGCGCGGAUACCCGAAUUACUAGCAGCCAUGGGUCGAGGGAAAAAGCCUGUGAAUAAGGUGCGGCGUGUGAGGGUUAAAUGGGCUUUGAAUCCCUUGCGUGGCGUACAUUUUGGUGACAACUGCUUGGCGCAUCCUAAAUAUAUUUUUAUGUUUUGAGCGGCUUGCAGCCGGCCGUUCGACUUGUAAGCUAGAAAUGUCGUUGGGCCUCGGCAUGGUCCCAAGUAUAACAUGAUAACCAAAUAUUCGAAUCAUUUAUUUAUUUCUUAUUUUGCUUUUGAGUUAUUAAAUUAUUAGACAUUUUUACUGCA